CGGGACCGCGACGACGACACAUCAAGCGAGCGUCUGGGCCAGAACCGAGCGAUGCUGUGGUUCCAGGGCUCCAUUCCGGCCGCCAUCGCUUUGGCCAAGAGGAGCGGCUCGGUCUUCGUGGUGUUCGUGGCAGGUAAUGAUGAGCAGUCUACACAGAUGGCAGCAAGCUGGGAAGAUGAGAAAGUGACAGAAGCAUCCUCAGACAGUUUUGUUGCUAUUAAAAUCGAUACCAAAAGUGAAGCCUGCCUACAAUUUUCACAAAUCUAUCCUGUAGUGUGUGUUCCGUCCAGUUUCUUUAUUGGAGACAGUGGAAUUCCUUUGGAAGUAAUAGCAGGAAGUGUUUCUGCAGAUGAACUUGUUACCAGAAUUCACAAAGUCCGACAGAUGCACUCAUUAAAAGUUGAAACAUCAGUUGCAAAUGGGAACCAGUCAGAAAGUUCAGUUUCUACUCCAUCCACUUCAUUUGAACCUAACAACACUUCUGAAAACUGUCAGAUCAGAAAUGUCAACCUUUCUGAGACACCACCCACUUCUCCUGAUGCAAAGUCAGAUAUUGCAACAGGAGGAGAAAGUUCAGGCCAUGCCACUCCCUCUCAGGAGAAUAGUGAAUGUUUAAAUCCAAGACCUACAGAGGACCUCACUGUCAGAGUGGAAAGACUAACCAAAAAACUGGAAGAAAGGAGAGAAGAGAAAAGGAAGGAAGAAGAACAGAGAGAGAUUAAGAAGGAAAUUGAGAGAAGAAAAACUGGAAAAGAAAUGUUAGAUUAUAAAAGAAAGCAAGAAGAAGAAUUAACAAAAAGAAUGUUAGAGGAAAGAAACAGAGAAAAAGCAGAAGAUAGGGCAGCUCGAGAGCGUAUAAAACAGCAGAUUGCUUUGGACCGUGCAGAGAGAGCUGCUCGUUUUGCAAAGACAAAGGAAGAAGUAGAAGCUGCUAAAGCAGCUGCCUUGCUAGCCAAACAAGCAGAAAUAGAAAUCAAGAGGGAAUCUUAUGCAAGAGAAAGAAGUUCUAUUGCUAGAAUUCAAUUCCGUCUUCCUGAUGGGUCUUCCUUUACAAAUCAGUUCUCUUCUGAUGCUCCUCUGGAGGAAGCAAGACAGUUUGCUGCCCAGACUGUUGGCAACACAUAUGGUAAUUUUUCAUUAGCAACCAUGUUUCCCAGGAGGGAAUUUACCAAAGAAGAUUACAAAAAGAAAUUAUUGGAUUUGGAACUUGCCCCAAGUGCUUCAGUGGUACUGUUGCCAGCAGGAAGACCAACUACAUCCAUGGUGCACUCUUCCAGUGGAGACAUUUGGACAUUGCUGGGGACAGUACUUUACCCAUUCCUUGCCAUCUGGAGAUUGAUAAGCAACUUCCUAUUUAGUAACCCUCCUCCUGCACAGACUUCUGUGAGAGGAACAUCAUCAGAACCCCCAUCUGCAUCAUCUAGUAACUCAGAAAAAAGGGAACCAGUCAGAAAAAGAGUGCUGGAGAAACGUGGGGAAGACUUUAAAAAGGAGGGGAAGAUAUAUAGAUUGAGGACUCAAGAUGAUGGUGAAGAUGAAAACAACACUUGGAAUGGAAAUUCUACUCAACAGAUGUAGUGGGAGAAGUACAAUAUGUGCAAUAAUCAUUGUUUCUCUUAUGAUUUAAUUCAACUAAAAUUUUACUGGAAAAGUGGGACUGCUUUAUGUUUUCCAACUGAUCUACAAAGUGUUUCUUAUUCCUGCUUAGUGGAUGUGGGUUAAGUUGUUUAACUCAGAAAAGUCAAGAAAUAACCGGCUGGUAGGUUCUUGCAUAUGGUAACCAACUGCUAGAAGCCUAAAAGAAUCAAAAAAAUCUAAUAACCUCCCUUCAUCAGCUUUCUUAUUCAGGAUUUCUUGCCCAUUUGCCCCAUGCUUUCAGAUGACAAGUUUUGUUUAGAGCUAUUUUGCUCC